GAAUCAAUUACAGAAUCCACGAAGCUUCGGGGAGCUGCCACUGCGAUAAUGACCGUGCCAAGGCGCGCUAGAUUGGCGGAGCUGGCGAUUGGGAAGUCGCGCGCGAACGUUUUCCGAAAGCGACCACUUUUCGCGAGGGAAAGCACGACCGCAACGGCAACACCAACAACGAGGUCAAGAUGUUGUACGAGAUGAUCGGAGUGGUACGGCCUGGCCACCUCUCUGAAGUAAAAGAAAUCGCCAAAACCGCCGGCAAGAUGGUUCUCGAGCGGAACGGUGUCGUGCGCGGCGUCUCGAACUGGGGCACUUUCCUCCUGCCGAAGGCCGCGAAGAAGUUGCAGUCGACUCACCACUAUGGCCACCACUUCAUCAUGCGCUUCGACUCGAGUGCGCGCACACAACAUUCCCUGCGAAAGACCAUGUCGCUCGAUCCUCGAUUAAUCCGGUACUCGAUCGUCAAGAUGGGCACGAAGUUUGAGGAGAUCAAGGACAUCACAGGAAAGGCUGACUUCAGAUUGACGAGGUGAAAGAGCUGUGAAAAGACACAAUCGAUGAAUGUACAAUACCCUGUUUACAACACGGUGGAGCAUCUAUAAGGAGCAGGCAGCUUGACAAUGGCGUUUGUUACAACGAUUUGGUUGCUUGCCAUGGUGCAUUGCAUUUGGUCCCAUUUGGUACACUAAUCCAAGGACUCGAGAACGCUCGCGCAAUGAUCUUACCGGAGCCUAUACAAAGUCUUUAAUAAAUUUCCGUGUUCUACCGAUCUUGUUGUAAGACCUGUCCGGGUACGGAAUACAUGUUUCAAGAUGACGUUCUCUCAAUCAAUAGCUGCCUUAUGCCCCUCCCGCGCGAUAACUUGGAUAAUCACGAUCAGAAUGAACAAUCAUUAGAACCCAGCCACGAUUGCCGCUCUCAUUGUGGCAAAACGUAGACAUGCGUCAGGGAAGAUUAAUGCGCAUCACAGUUCACAAAUUCGGUGGGUUUAAACAGCUGAUACAGGGCAGUCGAGACGAGGUACGC